AAUGAGUUAUUGUAAUGGGUAAAAAGAGGAUAUGGCAGUGAUGGUAUCGGUUCAAGUUGGCCAUUACAGGUGCCAGCAGCGGAGCGGGAUUGCACCAUGCCAGUGUAAACAAUCAUUCAGGUCUCCAGGGAGGCGAGGCGAUAAGAAGGCCCCUGCUCAACACCUGCCUGUCCAGCUACCUCAUCAAUAAUCAAGACAAUAACAUGAUAAUGCUCAUUGAAAGCUGAGGCAUGCUAAGCUGAAACUAAAUGCAUGUAUAACUUUUUGUCUGACCAGAAAAGAAGAUCUGAAUGUGACUCCACCAGGCAAAGGCACCCAUCCAUGACCUUUAAAAGUGUUCAUGGGGAAGAAAUAUUUGUGGAUGUGAGACUAAAGCAACAUUCCAACAACAAGCGUGCAGUUGAGGUCAAUGUAAGCGGUGGACGUAUACAGUUCCUGCCAUGGAUCAGAUACACACUCAUCCUCACUGUAAUGGCAUUUGUCAUACAGUUUCAUACGCUUCAUGUGGGGUGGCUGUGCACUGCUGUUCUUAUGCAACUGGCAACGCUGAUGUACAGGAUCCAUGGAAAAAUAGUCUCAGAAACACUGCUGGUUGUUGCAGGUCUUGGCAUACAGACAACUGCAACAUUCUACAUGGGAAAACAGCACACACGAUUUAUUCCAUGGGGAAGUGUAGUUGACAUCAUAAUUGCAGAAACUAUAUCCAUGCAACGUGUGCUAUUUUACAUGGCUCUCCUUGUGAAAGAAGAGACUGCAGUGCCAAACCAAGAAUUAAUUCCAUUAUUUUUAAACACCUGGCCUCGUCUGCCAUGUCUCCAAUACAUUUACUCAGCUUGCCAAGAUGUCUUGAAUCCUAGUCUUAGUCUUAGAUGAUGGAGUCCUUUGAAAAAAUUUUAGAUAUGUAAACUAUAAACUGCAAAUAGAUGAUUGUACAUAAAGUACUAUCUGAUUUGCUCUGGGUUGAGAUCUCAAUACAAUUUCAAGUGUUAAUGUGUUGAAUUUUAAAACACUAGGUCAACUUCAAAGACAAAUUUGCUUACUUGGUUAUUAGAAAUUAUUCUGUACUGUAACAUGAAGGUCAGUAAUCUGAUAAUUUCCUUAAAACUACAUAAUUUGACCAUUUAUCAUUAGGAUCUGCCUUGGUCCUGUUGACAUUUUCCAAAACAAGAAUGUCUUAGUGUACCAUCAUUAUUUGCAAACACUGCCAGUCAAUUUUUCUUCCUCACUUAACAGUGCCAGAAUAUCUUAAACUUUGUGCCCUUUGUUGUAUUUUUAUCUUUUCUCUCUUUAGCAUUAAUUAAAGAAAUUAUUAAAAUAAUAUAUAUGUACAUAAUCACCCUGACAGUGGUGCUCUAAUUAGCCUGAUAAUUAUUUCUUUCUUUUUCUCUUAUACUAUAAAAUUCUUGAAUUUCAUCAGCUGAUAGACAGCUACACUGAACCAUCCAGCAUCAAGUGAAACCCAAAGAAAACCUUAUCUUCUGAUGUUUGGUGGGUUAUCAAAGACCAAUAAUGACAUUAUCUGUGCAAUACUAAUAACAAAAUAACCAUCCAUUUUAUGAAUAUGAAUCUUAGUCUUCAGGCCUAAUAAUAAUAUAUGGUAAUUCAGUAGCUAUUCAUUUGUGGCACACUGUGAUGCCACACAAGCAUAAAAAAAUAAUAAUAAUAAUAAAAAAUAAAAAUGCCAGAUGACAAAUAAAUGUUAUGCAGUAAUAACAACAACAUGCAGAUAAAUAAUUCCUUCCCUCAAAAUUCAGAUGAAGUACUACCUCAGGGUGCUACAGGAUGAUGUGAAAAUGUCAACUCCAAAUUUCAAGAAAGUUCAUUCUGUUCUUCCACACCUGUAUGAUCUUUUUACAAUGUGCCAGUAUUUUGUUACUCUAAAUUGUUGUUGUAUACAUUUUAUAUAAGUAAAUAAAUCCACAAGAAA